CGGCGAAGGAGAUUCUCUGGCUCCCAGUGGCGCCGUAAGGGGAUGGCGGAGAGCGCGGGCUUCCCGCCCUUCCAGCUGGGAAGGCCUCGCUUCGAGCAGACUUCGUUUUAUGGAAGGUUUAGACACUUCUUGGACAUCAUUGACCCCCGCACCCUCUUUGUCACUGAGAGUCGUCUGAAAGAAGCUGUGCAGUUGCUGGAGGAUUAUAAACAUGGGACUCUGCCCCCAGGAGUCACCAACAAAGAGCUUUGGAAAGCACAAAAAAUUAAACAGGCCAUCAUCCAUCCGGACACUAACGAGACGAUUUUCAUGCCUUUCAGAAUGUCAGGUUACAUUCCUUUUGGGACACCUAUUGUUGUCGGUCUCCUGCUGCCAAAUCAAACGCUGGCAUCCACCGUCUUCUGGCAGUGGUUGAAUCAGAGCCACAAUGCCUGUGUCAACUAUGCAAACCGAAAUGCGACAAAGCCUUCUCCAACGUCCAAGUUCAUCCAGGGCUACUUGGGAGCUGUCCUAAGUGCUGUCUCGAUCGCAGUGGGCCUUAAUGUUCUGAUCCAGAGAGCUAAUCAGUUUACUCCGGCCACCCGGCUCCUGAUCCAGAGAUUUGUGCCAUUCCCCGCUGUAGCCAGUGCCAAUAUUUGCAACGUGGUCCUGAUGAGACACAUGGAGCUGGAGGAGGGGAUUGACGUCCUGGAUAGCGAUGGGAACACGGUCGGGUCUUCCAGAAUUGCUGCCAAACAUGCACUGCUAGAGACGGCCCUGACCAGAGUGGUCCUGCCAAUGCCUAUACUGGUUCUACCUCCCAUCAUCAUGUCUCUACUGGAAAAAACGGCUCUCCUGCGGUCGCGGCCCCGGAUGGCCCUCCCUGUGCAGAGCCUUGUGUGCCUUGCUGCCUUCGGCCUGGCGCUGCCCCUGGCCAUCAGCCUCUUCCCGCAGAUGUCUGAGAUUGAGACGUCGCGCCUUGAGCCCGAAAUUGCCCAGGCUACCACCAGUGAGACCCUUGUCUACAACAAAGGGUUGUAAGCGGAAGCGGAGCUGCCGGGCGUGGGAGACGGAGAGGCGUGGAAAGGAGAGCCAGGAGGAAGGGAGGAGGACUAAGACAAUAGAAGGAAAGAGCUGGAGAACCUCGUAGCAUCUUCCCACCCGAGCGUAAAUUAACACUUUCAGAGACCCAGCAUCUCACGUCGGUUGAAAAGAUUAAUAUUUAAAGUUUUAAAUUAGCGACAGUAACGGCACAAAGGAAAGCAUGCCAGGGAGGGAGGGAGGGAGGGAGCCGAAAGCCGACAUGCUGAAUCCGCAGCAGAGCCGUGCAGAGGGGGGGUUGUUGUGGCCCCUUUCCGUGGCUCCGCUCGGCUCUCAUGCGACUUCCCCCCCCCCCAGCCUGAGGAGCUCAGCCUCUGCCGCUCUGUUCGGUUCUGCACAGCAAUGAGCCCCCAGCGCAUGACUUAGAAGAAUUAGGUAGGUAGGUAGGGCGUCUUGAUAAUCGUACUCUUUCGAUUCCGUGUCACUCUUGCACCAGUCGAUGUGCACCACUCGCUUUGAUUCUAAACAAAUAACACGGCCAAGGUCGUAGCUGACACGCAGCACCCACAUCCCCCACCCCCCCGGCCUGAGGACUGCCUCGACACUCCACCACAUAUAUAUAUAUCUCUCCAGUGGGUGAGCUUGCAAGUUAAAUUUGCCCUGCUCUAAUUGCAGCCAUCACUUGGUUGGUCGGAACGUGUGAAGCUCCUGUGGUGGGUCUCCACGGAUCGUAGCAAAAAGUGCUGUUUGCAGGUUGCCCUCCCCCCAUUGUGGGACGGGGGGAGCUUUCUGGCCAGGUGCCCGAUGCGCAGCCAUCGUCCAGGGCUCUGCCUACACAAUGAGGUCGUCCGGCCUUCCUCCCCACUUGGCAGCGGUGGAGGUGCUUGGGGGCACUGCUCAGCCGCUGUCCCUCCCUCUCUUUCCACCAAUGCCUCCCUGCUUCCUUCCCCUGCUGCUUCAGCCCAGAUGCCCCCUGCAGUGCCAUAAAGGGAGGGAGGGAGGGAGGGAGGGCAGGGAGGAAAGGCAGGGCAGGUGCUCUUCCAGAGGCAGGAGGGAAGAGUAGGUGGCAGCCGUCAGCAGGGAGGGUCACUGGAUGGCCCAGAGGAGGAGGCAAACUGCAAACGGUUCUCUGCUGGAGAAGGAAAUGCCAUUGGCUUCAUUAACCCUAGUGAAGAACUUUCUGGAGGUGAGCAGCCUUGUUUGACAGUGGAACAGACUCCCUUGGGCGCUCCUUCCUCGGAGGUUUUUAAGCAGGGCUUCUGAGAUUCCUGCAUUGCAGGGAGUUGGACUACUUGAGCCUUGAGGUCCCUCCCAACUCUACAAUUCUACGAUUCUAACGUGGUGGAACUAAGCCCAGGGUUUCCAUUGGCAGCGCUCCAUAGAUUUGCACCACCAGAGAGAACUUUGUGACCCCAGGCAGUGCCAGGGGUGCCAGUCUGCAGUGCUUGGCCCAAAGCAGGCUGCCAGCGCUGGAGGGGUCUGCUUUGACCCCUGGAAAGGGUUGGGAAGCAGGGAGGAAACGUGCAAGGAAGGGUGGACUGCUGCUCUUGCUGCUCACCUUCACGACUCUGCAUUUGAUUAGAGGAAGAGGAAUAUGCAGUGGUACCUCUACUUACGAGCUCCCUCCGCCAUCUUGGAUGCGGUUUAGAUAGGAUUUUUUCUACUUACGAAUUUUUAGAUAGGGUUGCUUCGACUUACGAAUUUUUCCUCCCAAUGCAUUCCUAUGGGAUUCGACUUACAAUUUUUUUCGACUUACAAAUGUGCGUUCAGAACGCAUUAAAUUCGUAAGUAGAGGUAGCACUGUAUUAGAUUUUGCACCACGGAAGAGGCAGCACACACAGCCAAACAGUCACUGAGGUGGGGGUUCAGUGGGUGCACACACUCUGUGUGCUGAGCGGUUGCCUGGGGGGCUCCCCACACAUACCGCUGGAGAGGGGCCAGGUCAGCGAAUCCCUGCCAGAGAUCUCCUCUGCAGCCAAUUCCCUCGCUCUUCCUAGAUUCCUUGAAGUUUGAACCCUCUGCCUGGUUCCUAGGAGGAAGGAGGGAGGGGCACCCACAGCCCCUCUAUGGGGUGGGGCCAGGUGGCCCUGAGGAUCCCUUCCAACUCUAUCUAUCCUCUUCACUGUGUGCCUCGCAGGUGAGCACCACCAGGCGCUAGUCUGGGAGAGGAACAAAUCAGGGGGUCUCUUACGGAUUCAUUGUUCCAAAAGCAUUAAGGGGGUCAGAUUUCUGGGCUGGGGAAGCAGCCACCUUUCAUCAGAGAUGUCAGCAAUUUCAGGGAGCCUCAGUCUCAGGUGACCAAAUGAGGGAUGUGGGUUGUGAGUCACGCAGAGGAUGGUGCAGAGAUCCUCAAAAUAACACACUUUACACUUUUCCCUGUGUAUAUCUGCAGGUCUGAAGACCUCCGAGCACUUUAGAAAGGAGCCUGCGGCAGCUGAGAACAUAAGACUAGACUAGGUGGGCCUUUGGCCUGAUCCAGCAGGCUCUUCUUAGGCUCCUUCGUAACGCAGUAAAAUUCAAAACAAUUACCAUUAGCUGCACAUUUAUUCAAAACCUAAUUAAAACGACUUACGUUUAAUUAAUUCAGCAAAGCAGAUGAACUUGAUCCAGUGAUACCAGCUUUUCAAAGCCUUCACACCUCCAGUGCCCCCAUUCUGCCCCCCUACCUCUUAGCACCUCCCAAGGCAUUCCACUGCCCCGGGAGGUAGGAGUGCCCGUUUUGGGAACGGCUGAUCCAGAUGUUAAUAUGCUUUGAAAUCUCAACAGGUUCCAAUGUGGGGUUGAAAUGCAGGAAAUCCUAGAACGGUGGAGUUGGAAGGAACAUCUAGUCCAACUCCCUGCAAGGCAGGCAUCACAGAUACGUGGUUUUUUGUCCUAGGCAAGUCCCCUGCUGCCCUCCCACCCAGCCCACCCCGUGCCUCCAUGGGGGGCUGUCAGGAGGGAGGCCUUGGAACUCCCAUAGGAUCAGAGGGAUCUGCCUUCCACUGAAUGAGGCCGUUGGUCCCUUGAGCUCAGAGUUGCCUGCUCUGCACUGACUGGCAGAGGGAUUGAACCCAGGACCUUCUGCAUGCCAAGCAGGGGCUCUGCUGCUGAGCUACAUGGUCCCUUCCUGUCUCCCACCCACCCGAAUGGCGAAGUUUCAAGCACUUCUUGAAAGGGGCCCCUGUGAAUCCCAUGGCUCUUUGAAUCGUAGAGUUGGAAGGGACCCCUAAGGGUCUUGUGGCCCAACCCCCUGCAGUGCAGGAAUCUCAGUCUUUGUCCCGGUAAGUGUUUCCUGCUGUCGAGUAGCCCCCUUUCCCCUGCUGGACCCCUUGGACAGAGGAGGCCCUGAUCCUGCUUUACCUGGCCCCCUUCCUGUGUUCUUGGCCGGGAGCAAGGGCUGUUUCCCUCCCCCUUCCCUCUUGGAGAGCAAGCAGAUAUCUGCUUCCCUCUGUCGGGGCACCAAGCGAAGCCUGAGCCAAAGCCCACAAGGGUCCGCCUAAAGGCUAAUUAAUUUUCCCGUCUCCCCAAAGGUACAAAGGGGAGCCUGGGAUCUUGGGACGGCGGCGGCGGCGUUUGGUGUUUUAUCAUUUCCCAUAAUUGGGGAGGCGGGGGAGGGGGAGGAGCCCCCGCCAGGGUGGGUUGCUCACCUCCGCCGCCCGUAAUAAUGAGAUGAUCAUCCCUCGUAGCUUUUAAUUAGAACCGAGCAGCUAAUUGAUUUCUUGGGUAUGUUAAUUAAGAAAUAAUGAGGACGGCAUUGCAGCAGGAAGAGGCGGCAAAGGGUUGGGUGUUGGGAGGAGGAGGAGAGGCCUGCGAGGGUCCCGGGGGUAUCCCAAAAACCUUUGCCAUUCCAGCCUCAAUGAGUUAGGUUUCCCAAAUUGCAAGGAAGGAGAUUCCGACUUGAACAUCAGGAAGAACUUUCUGAGGGCAAGAGCUGUUUGACUGUGGGACAGACUCCCUCAGAAGGAGGGGGCCUCCUGAAGCAGAGGUUGGGGGGCCACCUGCCAGGGGUGCCUUUGCUGAGGUUCCUGCAUUGCAGGGGUUGGAGUAGAGGACCCUUGGGGAUCCCUUCCAACUCUAGGAUUCUGUGAAAGGAGGGUCCAACUAAGCUGGAGGAAUAACUUUCUGACGGUAAAAGCCGUUCAACAGUGGAGUAGACCCGCCUUGGAAGAGGGUGGACUCUCCUUCGGUGGAGACUAGAGGGCCCUUGGGACACCCCCACCCCAACUCUACUGCUCCUUGAUUCUAUUAUCCACGGGGAGAGGCUUCCCCCUCUUGCCCACACUCCCUCCCACAAAGACCCCCCACCAUUGGCACUGGGGGGAGGGGAGGUUGACCUUCAGCCUGUUCUCUCCAGAGGCUGUGCGUGGGCAGGAUGUGUGCGGAGAAGCCAGCCCUCUCGCCAGCCAGAAUAUCUGCCUGCCUGCCCCCUCUGGGGGGAGGGCCAGGCCAGGCCCCCCCAUGGCUGACUUCCUGGCAACUUACAGGGGACCUGUGUGCCCUCGGAGGAGCCCAGGGGUGGGGUGGAGGCCAGCCUGCAGGAAGGGUGUUGAGCAUCAUGGAAGUGUAUUUGGGCAGCAGCGGAGGGGGGACGCACUUGUGAAUACGCACCCGGGGGCUGGGGGAUUGGGUGCAGCAGCUCUCGCCUCCUUCCUGGAGGAAUUCCUUUCCUUCACCCAUUCAGGUAUCAUUUGGCAUGGAAGCAAAAUGUAACCUUUUCAUUUGAAAGAAACAAAAACCCAUUUAUCAUGGGAUUGCAUGGAAAGGGGAGCCAAGAGGCAGCCCCAGAAUGCCUGUGUAAGUUCUGUCUGGCCCCCAAGGGCCAUUAAUCUCAGGGUUACGCAGGAGCCAUGGAUCCAGAAUCAGGGAGGAGGGGAGGGACAAGUUCUUCCAUUGUUUCCUACCCAUUGAAUUCUUUUCCUGGGAGUCCACCACGAAGCCGUAUGCCAGAGAGCUUGGGGGUGGGGGCAUCUCAAACCGCCACCCCACCCCCACUGCACAUGAGCCCUUGCCAUCCUUGGCUUGUGGCCCUUUUCCUGCAUUGCCCAUCCCUGGUCACAAUGUUCUCAGGUCCAUGGGUGCUGGCAGCCCUGUGGGAGCAGCCCAUGCGCAGGAGAGGACCACAACUCUUGCAGGAGCCCAGCCAUCAAGCGGAAUGGCCUGCAGACCCUGGCCAGGCAGGUCCCACCUAGGUCAGAGGGGACGCACUGUGGACCUGGCUGGGCUCUGGCCUGGCCUGGCCUGGCCUGGUGGGACUGCAGCUCCCCAAGAGGCUUGGCUGGCCAGGCAGGGGCUGCAGGCAGAGUUGAGGGCAGCAUUGCGCCCAGGGCCUGAGCCUCCCUGGGCCUCAGCACCUGGGUUCCUUCUGGGGGGCCUUAGGUGGCCCUUGGCACCUAGAUUUGAAUGCACCUUAUUGCUGUCUCCAACUGGCACUUCUCUCCCUUGUCCUGCUCUGAACUCACUCGUCUUCCAGCGACUCUGAUCACCUGACUGUCUGAGCGCAGAUACCUCUGUCAAUGCCAAUCCACUUGGAAGUGUGCACAGUCUCUUUUUAACUUCCUCAAUAGAUUUAUUGACCGUGACACUUUAUGUAACACUUCUAAAUGUCUGGAAUAAAAAUGACACAGCUAAGUGGCUCCUCUCCUGGUUGGUCUGUAGCUCUUUGCUCAUGGGUUGUGUGUGGUGUGCCCCACCUGGGCCAAAGUGGGCAGGUAAGUGCCUCUGGGAGGGUGGGGAAGCAAUGGCUGCUUCCCCCACCCCACCCCACCCCAUGCCU